AUGCAGAUAGAACCAUCUGAAAUCGAGUCUAAAGAGAGACAGAUAUUGGUGGGGGGUGUGCACUGUAGUACUUGGAGCUCCUUCAGAGACGCUCGAGGCACCUUUGGUUCCAAAGUUACGUUAGAUAUAAGAUACAAUCUCGAAGAAAAGACGAACAGUGUCACCCAAAUCGGAUCCAGAAAAAUUGCGGGAAGAUCCGUGUGGAAAACCUCGUCGCUAUUGGAAAGUCAAUAUUACAUCUAUAUCGACCAAAAGAUAACUUACAACUGUCCGGAAUCCUCAGAAUACAUAAGAAACAACCUCCCAACUCUAUUUUGGGCCUUGGAUGUUGCCUCUAGGUUCGAGCUUUCCAUUUCAGCAUCAUGGAGAUUUGUAGCAGAGGCGGCCUUUUCCUGUUCUUCCAAUUUAUACGUGCCGCAAACAAAGUGUCGCGAGUAUCGUGGUGAUGGGCAGAACUCAACGGAGUCUGCGGGAUAG